AUGGCGGCACCCAAAUCCAAAGUCCACCCCCUCAAUGGGAUGCACACGGCCGGAAUCUUCGCCGACCCUACCGUUGACGGCCCCUUGAUUGGAACCUUAGUCGCUAUUGUCGACCGCGCAAAGAACCUGCCCAACCGCAAAACCAUUGGAAAGCAAGAUCCCUACUGCGCCGCCCGCCUCGGCAAGGAAGCAAAGCGGACCACGACAGAUAUUCGCGGAGGCCAAACGCCCAGAUGGGACCAAGAGCUUCGUUUCGCCGUACACGACUCACCAGAUUACUACCAGCUCAAGGUAUCCGUAUUUCACGACGACAAGAAAACGGAUCUCAUCGGAGAGACAUGGAUCGACCUCAAGGACAUCAUCGUACCGGGUGGAGGCCAGAACGACAUCUGGCGCAACCUGGCGUUCAAGGGCAAAUACGCUGGCGAGGUCCGCAUGGAGAUCACGUACUAUGACCAGCGACCGAAACCCGAGAAGCCAGUUGCGAAGCCUAAGCCAGUCGAGGCAGAGCCGACCGAGAACUACGGCGGUACCAUUCCCCGAAAGCAGAUUAAGCGAAGACCGUUGCCAUCUGAUCCCUUCACGGGUGAAGCACCCGCCGGCCCAGCCCCGGAUCUGGCGCCAACCCCGCCUCGAACCGGAGGUCCCAGGGGGCCCAAAGAAAUGAACAUUCCUACGCCAACAGGUUCAGAGAUCAGUCUUUCCGGGUCCCGACCAAUGCCCAAGGGCCCCAAACAGCAACAGCCCGCUCAGAUACCUACGCAAUCGCCGUUGCAAGCCAUCGAGUACAACACCAGCCCCGCUCCAGAUGCUUGGUCUAGCCAACAAGACUUGCACGCGCACUCCCCCCAAGCUGCCUUGCCACCUUUGGAAACUACGCCGCAGCACACGCCGAGACAGGACCGAUACGACAGCCCCAGCUCCCACCAUGACGAGAGGGACUACAGCCCGAGAUACUCAUCCCAGGAAAUUGUCAACCAAGCUCACUACCGUCAGGGCUCCGAGCCACCGCGUGAUAUGCUCUAUCUGGAAGACCAGCGCCAUGCUUCGCCUGCAGAGGACGAUCGACCACCACCUCCACCCGCUCACAGAAGUCGGCACAACAGCGGAAACUCACAAGACAUGGUCGUGAGGGGUGCUUAUGACACUCCCCCCAAACCAGCUAAUGCCAUGAGGCAAGAUGUACUCAGAAACGAGGCUCAUCGUGCGUCCGUUUCUACGGCAGCCUACCCUGGACGCCCCACAUACCGUGGCUUCGAUUCAGCACCUGCGGUCACAAAUGCGCUGCCAGCUCCUGAAGAGCAUCGUCAAGACUCGGCGCCGCCGAGACAUCACUCGUACGAUGCCCACGCAGAGUAUAGGUCUAUGCAGCCGACAGUCGAAGAUGUGCCGGAAUCGCCCAACACAGCCGCGAGCAAUGCUCAGAGAAGGAUUUCUCGCGCACCCCAGUACGAUGAGCCAAGUUACCGCCAAGAGCAAAUCCAGCCGCCACCGCAGCAGCAGCAGCAGCAGCAUCAUCAUCAGUCGACCGAGAUGACUCGGCGCCGAAACUCCCAUACACCACAGUAUGACGAAAUGGGAUACGACCAGGGAUACGACCAGGUUCCCAGUCCGGCACCGUUGAAUAUUAGCGGAAGGGGAAGUGCCAGCUCAACUCGUCAACGUGGCCACUCACCGCAGCCUAGCUAUGGCCGAGGGGAUGAUAUGGGUCAAGGCGGACGUUACAGUACCUCCCCACGACCUGAGUUCCAGCCGAGAGGUGACGAGUUGGUAUUCGCAGGGAGAGGCGCCGUUUCUCCUGGUCAUUAUAGUACAUCGCCACAACCAGAUUACCAGCAAGAUUACCAGCCCAGGGGCGACGAGCUGGUCCUCGCUGGCAGGGGCAAUGUUUCUCCUGGCCACUACAGUACUUCACCGCAGCCGUACCGGGGCGAUGAGAUGGUUCGUCAUCAACAAGCCUCCCCUAUCGCCUCUCGUGACUUCGCUCCAAGUCCCAUGGACGGAGCAUCCUACCACUCGCACUCACGGAGCCAGAAUCAGUAUACCUCGCAGAGGUCUGAGCUGGGUGGAACGCAGAUCACGGCUCACGGCAUGCCCGCUGUGCCAGCUUCUUUGGUGCCAGGCGUCGAUCACAGCGUCUCGCAGGAGAUCUCGGAUCGCAUCUAUGAGGAGAGACGUCAACAACGGCGCUAUACUGAUCAGAGCAUGACUACCCCAACUCGUGGAAGACAACACAGUGAGCCACUCGGUUACGACGGAAGCUACUCGAACCAGUCCUAUGUUCCACCAGGAUACAACCACCGCUCCUCUGUUGCGUACGGUGCUCCUCAGUCUGACAUGAACCGUGGACGGGGUGUUUCGCCCAAUCCGAUGAGAGGUCGGGGUGCGUCCCCUAACCCGAUGAUGGCAAGAGGCGCAUCACCAAACCCGCACGGCACUAGGAGAGGUGUAUCGCCCAAUCCAAUGAACAUGACAAUGGAUAGAAGAGGAGCUUCGCCUCAGCCGCCCCCACAGCACAUGAGGUCGCGGGGAGCCUCACCUAACCCGCAUCACACCAUUAAGCGGAAAUCUGUUAGUCCCGCGCCGCCUCCGUCUGACCAUCGGAGGCUCUCUGGCAUCCCUUUCGGGCCGGAUUCGUACGAUGCUCUCAACCCAUCGCUGUCGGCUACCAGUAGCAACGUUUCACGACCGGACCCCGAUGAGAAGAUCAUUACUCACGAUGGACGGGAGAUCGACCCUUCGGACCACUUGCCUAUGGACACAUGGGCGCCGGAGCCCGAGCCUAAGGGGCCCAAAACCCCAGCUACGGCUUCUGUCCGCUCACGAGCGUCACCAGCUGCUACUCAGGUAAUGCCCCCGACUGGCCGUCGGCAAUUGCGUAUUGCAGGUCGGCCUCAGUCUCAAGCAUCGCCGGUCACAUACGGUUCAGAUCCUUACCACGUCCCGGGCACACCGCCGAGCGGAGGUCGGAACCGCUUGCAAAAGAAGACGCAGCGCAUGUCUGCUAUGCCUACAACAUCACCGGCGGGUUCCAGUCCCCUAGCCCCUAUCUCGUCGCACAACUACCAAGAUCAUGGCAGCGACUUUACGCCACCGCGUCUACCCAGGGCAAGCACGUGGGACUACCCCAGCGAGAACCAUGCACCGCAGUACGGCAGCUCUCCUGGAGGCGGAUAUGGCGGCGCGCCCCCAAUCCCAGCGAAGGUCCCCUUGCCUAUCAUGAGCGGCGCGAAUGGCGAUAACGAAUGGGCUUUGAUGCAGGAAAUGAGCCGCAUCGACAUUGGCGCCGGGCGCUCCAGGCGUCAUCGUCACUACUAG